AUGGAUAUCUCAAUCACCUCAGAAACAGAAGAGAAAAAAACAAACGUUAAUAAUGUGCCAGACUACAUCAGUGAUAUCCAUGCAUACCUCAGGGAAAUGGAGGUGAAAUGCAAGCCUAAAGUAGGUUACAUGAAGAAGCAACCUGACAUCACGAACAACAUGAGAGCUAUUCUGGUGGACUGGCUGGUGGAAGUUGGAGAAGAAUACAAGUUACAGAACGAAACCCUGCACUUAGCUGUAAAUUACAUUGAUAGGUUUCUUUCUUCCAUGUCUGUUUUGAGAGGAAAGCUGCAGCUUGUGGGUACAGCAGCCAUGCUGUUGGCAUCAAAGUUUGAAGAAAUCUACCCUCCUGAAGUAGCUGAGUUUGUCUACAUCACAGAUGACACCUACACCAAGAAGCAGGUUCUAAGGAUGGAGCACUUGAUUUUGAAGGUUUUAUCGUUUGACUUGGCAGCUCCAACAAUCAACCAGUUCCUCACCCAGUACUUCCUGUAUCAGGAGACAGAGCCCAAAGUGGAGAGCCUGUCUAUGUACCUUGGGGAGCUGAGUCUAAUCGAUGCUGAUCCUUACCUGAAAUACUUGCCAUCAGUUAUUGCUGCUGCAGCGUUUCAUCUAGCAAAUUACACACUCACUGGACAAACUUGGGCUGAAUCCCUGUGCAAAGUAACUGGCUACACCCUUGAAGACAUCAAGCCUUGCCUCAUGGACCUACACAACACCUACCUCAGAGCCGCCCAGCACACACAGCAGUCCAUAAGGGAAAAGUACAAGGGUACAAAGUACCACGGAGUAUCGCUUAUUGACCCACCAGACACACUAAACUUAUUGUAA